AUGUAUGGAGACGUGUCUAACUUGAACAGACCGAAGAAACUGAUUGUUUGUUGUGAUGGAACAUGGAUCGACAGCGAUAACAGCAAGCUAGAAGACAACGGCACUCUUUUCCACCCCAAGUUGGAAGUGCAGGACCCGUCCAAUGUGACGCGCAUCGGCCGGGCGCUGCCGUGCUCGGACUCGCAGCAGCGGCCGCAGAUUGUCUACUACCAGGCCGGCGUCGGCACGGGGCCGAGCUUGGUCGAGAAGCUCGUGGGCGGCAGCACGGGCAGCGGUCUGUCGGAGAACGUGCGGGAGGCGUACGGCUUCCUGGCGAACAACUAUCAGGACGGCGACGCCGUCUACCUGACGGGCUUCUCGCGCGGCGCCUUCACCGCCCGCUGCAUCGUCGCUCUCAUCGACGCAGUCGGCCUGCUGACCAAGACCGCCAUGCGUCACUUCUACCGCGUGUUCAAGGACUUUGAGCGCGCGGGCGAGGACGGCUAUGGGACGUCCAUCACGGAGGAGGUCCCGGAGUUCCACAUCGAGAUAUCCUCGGCGGGGAAGUCGUUGGUCGAAAGGAGAAAGGAGUAUCUUGCACAAUACUUCAAGGAACUGAAGCGGCUGCACAAGACGCGAGAAAUCCCCAUCCAAGCAAUCGGGGUUUGGGAUACCGUCGGCGCCCUGGGUAUCCCCACCAUCGCGCUCCUCCAACGCAUCGGCCUUCCCGCCUUCCUAGCCGACCCACUCAUGACACCCAACCCCUACCGCUUCACCGACACAACCAUCGGCAAAAACGUACGCUACGCCUUCCAGGCGCUCGCCCUCGACGAGCGCCGCUCCGCCUUCACACCAACCAUCUGGGAGCAACCGGACUCGGACUCGGACGACGACAACGACGAAUCCACCAGGCCCGGCUCCUCCCGCACCGUGCUCAAGCAAGUCUGGUUCCCCGGCGUACACACCGACGUCGGCGGCAGCGAAGCCGACAGCGGGCUCGCAGACGUGUCGCUCGCCUGGAUGAUGAGCCAGCUCGAAACCGCCGGGCUCGAGUUCGACGAGACCUAUCUCGCAGACCAGUGGCGGCUGAACCGAUUGGAGUACGCCGACCGCGCAGCAGCAGCAGCAUCUUCCCACCGCAACCCCACCUUCCUCGCCACCGCCUCCGCCACCCUCCUCCGCCUCCUCCGCUCCCCGCUCUCCCUCCUCCCCCUCCUCCCCCUCCCCCAAUCCACCUCCACCACACCCAAACACCACCACAAAACCCCCUCCUCCCCCUCCCCCUCUUCCCCCCCCCCCUAUUCCACCACCCCCCCCCUCGACCCCUCCGAACCCCACUGGGCCCUCACCCGCCUCCACUCUUCCUCCUCCUCCUCCUUUUCUUUCUCCUCCUUCUCAUCCUUCCUCUCCUCCCUCUCCUUCAACGUCACCGCCCUCGGCGGCCUCGCGCCCCGCCACCCCCUCGCCACGCACCGCACAUCGUACGAAACAGGGCGGCCGCUGCCGGCGCUGCUGCGCAACACGCACGAGCGGGUGCACGCGAGCGUGCGGGCGCGGGUGCAAGUGGGGACGUAUGGCGCGGAUGCGUUGAUGGGGCCGGGCGGUGCGGGCGGUGCGGGCGGGUGGGUGCUUGAGAAGGUGGAAGAGGGGGGGAAGGAGGGGAAGGAGGGGAGCAGGUGGCGGUGGGUCAAUAGGGGGGGUGGGGGGGAGGUCAGGGGGAAGGUGUUGGAGGAGGAUGAGCUGGGGCGGUUGGAGGUGGUGUUGUUGAGGGAGGAUCGGGAGAUGGCGGGGUGGGUGUUGGGGAGGGGUGGGGCGAGGGUGGUGGGGGAGGGGGAGGGCUCGUCGGCGGCGGCGUCGGCGGCGUCGGUUGUGGUGGAGGGUGGUGGUGGUGGUGAUGAGUGA